AACAAUUUUAGGGAAAUUUGACCAUUAGUAACGUGUCGUCAAGGUUACCAAACGCUAGUGCUUGUUGUCUAACGUUAGCUCAGUCAGAACCAUGUGACGUUAACGGGGAAUGGAACCACCAUGAUUUAGAACGCCAGCUAACUAAAAAAAUGGCUGAAUUUCCAGAGUAACUCUGAGUCUAUUACAGAGAAUUAAAUAAUGUUAGUUAGGGAGCCAAUAAACCUACUGAAGCCGUUAAUGUGAGCCGAUCGUUGCCCCAGAUCAGAGUUCGUUCUCGUGGCAGUAACAAUACAGACAAAACACCUCAGCUAAGGAGUUGGCGUAGCCGAACACAAACUGGUUCUAGGGAAGAGGACUGUGCUCCUUCAGCAGAUGGAGAGUCGAUAUGAGCAACAGAAGAGCAAGAGGAGGCAGCAGGUGAAGCUGUCACAAGCUGCACAUGAGAGAAACUCCCAGCUCCUCCAGGACUUGCAGAAAAUGGAGAAUCGUCUCAGAACAAGAAAACUCCCACACCCUGACAUCCUCAAUUUGGAGACUCGUUACUGGGCAUCAGUUGAGGAGAAGAUCCCAGAAUGGGAGCGCUUCCUCCUGGGUAAGGGCCCACAUCCUAGCAGUGACCCUAGCAGAACACCUAAACAACAAAAACAGAAAACUACACCCAGAGACCAUGCCCCCACACAAGAUGGGGCUCUGCCUCCUCGUCCUAUACUGAAACGUGUCAAAUGACCUGAAGUGGACAAUCUGUUUUGGCUUUUGACUUAAUCUUAUGUGAUCAACAUGGAGUGAAGGAGAAACUAAAAUCAGUUGACAGUUACACUGUAGAUUGAGGUUAUUGUGAGGUAAAUGUUCUUUUUUUAUAGGCCAUAUUUAGUCUCAUAUGGGCUGUUUUCCUAUCAGAAUAACAGUAUUCUUAGCACCAACAUUAUUGAGUAGGCAUCAUGUUGAUUUCCAUUGUAUGUACACUGCAGCUCCUUUUUGUGCUCAGCCAUUUUGAUGUCUCAGGGUGAAGCUCAGAUUUAGCCUAUUACCCCUCAGUCUACAGAAUUGCUGCUCUUGAUUGCAAUGUUUACAAGCAAUGCUCACACUUUCAGUGUGAUGGUAUUGCCUUUAACACUUUAUGGUAAUCCCAUCCCAUCAGAAUUCUAUUUGAAACAAAGAAUAUGGUGUCUUUGAAUUCAUGGCUCAUAUCUGCCCACUAGGGGGAGGUAGCACCAUAGAUUUGGAUAACAAAGGCACAUUCCUUCAGUUAGUUAGACUCAGGUCAUUCACUUCGUCUGUCACUCAGCAAUGAUUUAAUCAAAUGUGCUCUUAUUUAUUUGCAUGUAUUGUCUGUAUACUAGCUAUGUUCUUAUGUGUACAUUAAAGCACUUUUUUUUUGUUCA